AACCAUAACCUAGUAGUUUGACGUUUCAAUUUUCAUGGCCCUCGGUUGCUUUGGAUUCUAAAAAGAGACAAAGAAUUCGAAUGAAACAGAAAACUAGAAAAAGUUGAACAUUCACUAUCAGAAAGUUAAAAGUAUAGAAUAUAACACGCGUAUGGAUAAAUGUAGGGUUGCUAAGUGUAGAUAAAAUGAAUAAUAUUGAAAUUGAAGACACUUAUCACCACGAUUUUACGACAGCUUCUGAAUUAGAAGUAUUUGUAGCCCGUCUUGAGGAGAUAAUUCGAGAAUGGAAAUUACCUCGAAGUAAAGUUCUCCCUGCAUUGAAAAAAGGGGAUCUGGUCAACCUACCAUGGGAAGAAUCAACUGAGAAAUUACAAUUCGCUGAUGUAGAGUUUAUGCUCAAACACUUCAACCUCAAAGUAGUUAAUGAGGAGGAAAUCGAAAGUGUUACAGAAGAAUCUGAGGAGAGUAGGAGUCAAUGUCUUCAGGAUGCUCUAGAUUCAUCUAAUGAUUUUGCUAGACUCGAUCGAGACCACCUAGAUUUAGCUACUUAUUACGGCAUAAGGGAAUUUUUAAUAUUGGUUCCCACCAAACAGGUGGCAAUAACUGACGAAACCCGUAUCAAGAUUCUUCUGAGCUCCAUCACAAUUGCAGCUAACAAUUCCAACUGCGAAGUUCCUAUAUUCGUUCAAGUUCAUGAGCAAUGGCAAUCGUUUUAUUUGGGUGUCAGCGAAGGACGUGGUGUUUGCAGUCAUUUCGAUAUGGUACAUCUACGAAGAGUGCCUCCUCAUUGCAAAUACCUCAAUGGGCUGCUAACUUUAUUCAAACAGAAAAUUACAGAGGGAUGCGGCGUCCGAUUAGAUCCUACGUUGGUCGCCAUCAGAUUUUCAUACCUACUAAAAGAUUGGACUAAUAGUACGUGGACACAAGAUCCUCCAGAUUUUGAUUUCAUGCAAGGGAAAACCCUGGGUGUUGCCGAGCUCGGCAAACUUCCGUUUGGUGCUUCAUUUGACCCAGUAGGCGAGCUCCAUCUUUUUACAACUUGGCCGGAAAUGCCAGAAAAUGUGGUAGUGGACAGUGAAAGUUAUACGGACUUAGAGCCGCAGCAAGCUCCAGAGUGGUCUGUGCAAGUAAAAAUGAUUCCAUCGCCCGCGUGCUUACUUGGGGAAUACCUGAUUGAUUUUAUACAUUUGUGUUCAAACCAAAAGAUGUUGUCCGAGCUACUAGGUGAUUUUGCUAAUUAUGCUGAAGGUGAUGGUCAAAAUUUGAGCUCUGCUUUCAAUGCAUUAACCGAAUCUAGAGUACCUACACUUUCAACAGUUGUCGGUAAAGCGACGCCUAAAAAGUCCAAACCCGUGGAGGGUCCAAUCUCGGAAGAUAUACUCCUACCAAUAUUGUAUUUUUUGUUCCCGGAUGCCGAAGAUGAUCCAAGAGCUCCUUAUACCGAUGUAAAUGGAUACAACGUAGACGAUGAUCAGUGGAAAGGUGUAAAAACUGUCGCAGUAGACAGUCUGGUAUGGAGAUUGGCGAUAGUCGCUGCGCAUUGCGCACACAAUCUCGGGGGAGCUCCAGCCUUGGCACAUCUCUGGCACGAAUUUAUUCAAGAAAUCAGAUUUCGCUGGGAGAGAAAUAUACUCAUUCCUGGCAUCGGUUCGGGCUUCCCGGACUGCGUGCGGACUUGCUUGUUGCAUCAAAAACUUCAGAUGCUGAACUGUUGCAUCGAACGAAAAAAGGUCAACGAAGAAUCUAUUUACAAACCACAGAGCAUGGAUAUCGACGAUCCCGAUUCUGAGUCAGAGGAUGAAUUUUUCGAAUGCACAAACGACACAGGAUCGGAUAACGACGACGAAUCUGUAGCAAAGGCACAGCGAAAAGUGAAACACUCUUUGUGGAAUAAGCCAACCGGCCGUCUGGCGAAACACCCCUCUUUGAAACUGAUCAAAACCGGUGCAUCCUUGUACCUUCCCAUAACACAGGAUCCUGUCCCAAAAACUGAAGAUCAAUUAGAAGAGGAUGCCGAGGUCAUGAUGCAGCUUGGAACGGAUGAACAUGCAUCGGAAAUGAGAGCAAGAAUGAUGAGCGCUUCGCUUCUCUCCGACAUGGAAUCUUUCAAGGCAGCUAAUCCUGGUGCUGUGCUAGAAGAUUUCAUAAGAUGGUAUUCCCCGAGAGAUUGGAUUGAAGAAGAAGGCCUUGACGAAUGGGGACAAAUAAACGGCCACCUAUCGCCUCGAAUGAUGAUUCCCAACAACCCUUGGUCAAAUGCAUGGGCCUCAGCGCAACCGGUACCCGCGCAUCGUCAAAAACGUUUGUUUGACGAUACUCGAGAGGCGGAAAAGGCAAUGCAUUACAUGACGUCGCAACGUCUCGGACAGAUCGCCCAACUGCUUCUUCCAGUCUUGAUACAUGCGGGUCUCAGCACUCUUAACUCCCAGAAACAGGAAGCGUUACCAAAUCUUUCAGACGUGGUACAGAGUAUUUUAGGCAAAUUACAAUACGUUACUAAACCGAUUCAUCAAAAGUUGAAAUCAUACGAGGAAAUCGCAAGUGACAUAGAAGGUAUCGAAGCCUUAGUAGCGCAGGCUAAUUCGUUGCAGCAUAAGCUGGGUGGUCAGCAUCAUUCAAAAGAGUUCACGGCAUUCUUGAUACAAUUAAUGCGCGGUAAAGAAGUGUCCGUUCCAGAUGGGCCUCGGGGAUACGUAGGAUCCCGAAUCACAUCCAUGUUCUACGAGGCUCAAAAGGCGGCGCAUAUGAUGACCUCCGUCAAUAGCAAUCCUGACCCAAUCGACACACCUAAAGAUUUGGGAGUAGGAAAAUUUCCGACACCAUCUUGUAAAGAAUUUAUACUACGAGCAAUCGCUCCUCGACCAUCGCCGACGUCAACACCCCAUCCGCAGCGCUUGUACGCGUCGCUGAAAAGGGACCACUUUAGACUGGCCGGAUUGUUCUCAGAAGACACGAUAUUUCUGUAGAAUAACUAGACUAAUCGGAUAAUGUCCUGGAUAAUCGAUGGUGCCAAAGCUGGUCAUGGCAAACAUUGCGACGUAAUUUUUGUGUUUAAUCAGCAUAGGAUUCAAUCCACUUCGUAACAGAUAUAAAAAUAAUCCCGAAAUAAUGAAAUCUUAUAGAAAGCUUUGUAAACUAUAUUCCGCUCAUUCGACCAAUCAAACCCUGUUUUUAGUCUUUCAAGACGAAAUUUGUUAAUUAUAAAAAUUUAUUAUUCAAAAA